GCAGUACUGAAGCUGGUGCCCCAGCAGCGGGCUAGGAGCUAUUGGCACUGAGCUUGCAAAAAGAUCCGGGAACACUGAAGAAGAGAGAAAGGCGCACUUCUUCCCGCCACUCCCAGUCCCAGCCUCCAAGGAUGCGGCUCCUCGAGAAACUCUGCUCCUCGGCCGCAGGCAGCUCGGCGCCGGAGCCCGCCUUCGCCAGAGUGCUCACGCCGCAUCGCAUCCCCGAAUUCUGCAUUCCGCCGCGGCUACCGCCGCCUUGCGCGCUCGACUCUGCGCCCCGGGCCGCGGUCCUGCCCAGGCGCUGCGCCGCCGAACCCGACCUGUGGCCUCGCGCGGCAGAUGAGGUCGCCAGACACACGGACUGGGACCCCUCCUCGCAGGCUGCGCUGUCGCUCCCGCAUCUGCCGCGUGUGCGCACCGCCUACGGCUUCUGCGCGCUGCUGGAGAGCCCGCACACGCGCCGCAAGGAGUCGCUCCUGCUCGGGGGCCCGCCCGCGCCCCGGCCCCGGGCCCACACCUACGGCGGCGGCGGCGGCGGCGGCCCGGACGCCCCCCUGGGGACACUGCGAGGCCAGCGAGCUCCGCUGCCGGCCACUCCGGCGGCCCCCGGUGGUCCCCGCCCGCCCCAGGACGCUCUUGCCCCGCGGCUCCGCGGCUGCCGCCUCCUGCGCGCCCCCAACGGGCUGCUGAGCCGCGCGCUGCGGGCUGGAAGGAGUCGCCGCCGGGCCCGCGCCCGCUCCGUCUCCAGCGGGAACGAGGCUGAGGAGCGCCGCGCAGGCUCCCAGUCCCCGGCCCGGGCCCCCUCCGCGAGCCCCCCGUCGGCCCGGGCCGCGCUUCCCGAGCGCCUAGAGGCCGAGGGCACCGUGGCUCUGGGCCGCGCCGGCCACGCCCUGCGCCUGGCCGCCGAGUACUGUCCGGGAACCGGGCGCCUCCGCCUCCGGCUGCUCCGCGCCGAGGGCCUGGCCGGAGGCACCCCUGUGCCCCGCGCGCUCCGCUGCCGCCUCAGCCUCGUGCUACGGCCGCCGGGCACCGCGCGCCGGCAAUGCAGCGCCGUCGUGGGGCGCAGCCGCAAGGCCGCCCUGGACCAGGACUUCUGCUUCGACGGCCUCUCGGAGGACGAGGUGCGCAGCCUGGCGGUUCGCGUCAAGGCUCGCAACGAGCGCCGCGGCUGGGAGCGGGGCCGCCUGCUGGGCCAGGGCGAGCUGCCGCUGGGCGCCCUCCUGCUGCCCUGUGGGCCCGGCCUUCCCCCUGGCGCUCCCGACACUGACAGCCGCCUUGAAUAAAAUAAACGUUAUUUAUUUUU